ACAACAACAAAAACAAUAACGUUAAAUUAAAACAAAAAAAAAACAAAAACAAAUUGUCCCGAACAUGGAUAGCACCAGAGUCAAAUAGUCUGCGGGUUGCUAUCGGAGCAGGGAAGUCGUUUUGGAAGAAAAUAUAUUUAUAUAUAAUCGGAAGUUUCUCAUCCCCCCCUUCUUCCUUCCUUAGCAUAGGUUAGCUUAGCAUAGGCUAGCUUAGCUGGACUUCGCUAACAAGGCGAAGCUAAGGAUAGAGAGAGAAGUGAAAAAGGACGGAACCUUUCACCACAGUGCUGCCUCGGUCACAGAGACACGUUCCUGGGUCUAAAAUAAACAUUAUAAGGCUUUUUUUUUUAAACGUAACGGGAUACUUUUACAUCCGGGGUCUUUUUUAUUUUAAACCAGGCAGAAAAGUUAAAUUCGCCACACAGACGCACGCGCGCACACACACACAGACAGAGGCAGGCGCGCGCGCACUCUGGCACGCGCUGAACGGAAGGCCUGCAUGUGUCUGAGGAGAGAAACCAUAACAUUUUUAUACUGAUUAUAAUUUCUAACAGUCAAGAUGUCGGCCCAGGCGCAGAUGAGAGCCAUGCUGGACCAGCUGAUGGGUACAAGCCGAGAUGGAGACACAAUGCGUCAGAGGAUCAAGUUCACGGAUGAGAGUGUGUGUAAAAGUCAUCUGCUGGAAUCCUGCCCUCACGACAUCUUAUCAGGAACGCGUAUGGACCUGGGCGAGUGUUUAAAAGUGCACGACCUGGCACUGAGGGCAGACUUUGAGAUCGCCUCUAAACACCAGGAGUACUUCUUCGAGCUAGACGCUGCCGAACACUUGCAGUCCUUUAUCGCAGACUGUGACCGGAGGACCGAACUCGCCAAGAAACGUCUGGCUGAGACUCAGGAAGAGAUCAGUGCAGAGGUUGCUGCUAAGGCAGAGCGUGUGCACGAACUCAAUGAGGAAAUUGGGAAGCUGCUGGCACGAGCGGAGCAGCUGGGUGGAGAGGGAAAUGUGGACGAGGCCCAGCAGGUUCUGGAGAAGGUAGAGAAAACGCGCGCCCUCAAGAAAGAGGCAGAGGACGUAUACCGGAACUCUAUGCCAGCUUCCAGUUUCCAGCAGCAGAAGCUGAGGGUGUGUGAGGUUUGCUCUGCCUACCUUGGCCUCCACGACAACGACCGUCGCCUUGCCGACCAUUUUGGUGGGAAACUGCACCUGGGCUUCAUUGAGAUCCGGGAGAAGCUCGAGAAACUGAGAAAAGCAGUGGUGGAAAAGCAGGAGCGGAUGCGCAUGAAGCGGCGGGAGGAGAGGGAGCGAGAGGAGGAGAGACAGAGGGAGUGGGAGCUGGAGAGAGAGAGGGAGCGUGAACGUGAAAGAGAAAGAGAGCGCGAGAGGGAACGGGAGAGGGAACGGGAGAGGGAGAGAGAGCGCAGGAGGUCCAGAUCUCGCAGUGGGGACAGAUACAGGGACGGUGGAAGCUCGUCAUCUCAUCGCUCGCGGCGACGUCGUUCCUCCCAUUCGAGAGACCGGGACCGAGAGAGGAAGCACAGACAUAAAGAACGCCAUCGCUCUCGCUCUCACUCUCACAGGAGAAAGAAGAAGAGGUCAUCACACACCCGAGAGCAGGAGCACCCUCAAUCGCAGGAGCAAUGGAGGGAGUAUGGAGGAGAGGACCGGUGGAGAGAAGACAGCUACAGGGAUGUGGAGCGAGAGCCGGGAGAGAGAGAGAGGUCGAUCUCUUCCCCGGAGAUGGGCAGACUGAGGGGCAGAGAAAGAUCUAUUUCUGUGGAGAGAGAGAAUCACUCAAGCUCAGAGGAGAGGGAAUCAGGAGAGAUAUAAACAGAUUGAUAGAGAAUGAUGACGUUUGCUAUGCUUUCACAUGACUUUCUGUCCUUGUUCCUUAUUUCCGUGUGUUAGCUGAUUUGGAUGAGUUUGGCAAAGAUGCACGUAACAUCGGAUGUCCAUCACAGAUCUGAAUAUCAGCACAAUUAGGCCUUAUUUACAACAACACAUAGACAUGCUGUGUUUCUGAUAUUCUUUUGAUGACUAAACAUUAAAAAAAAGAUAGUUAAACACAUUUUUGACGUAGUUCAGUGAGAUUUUGUCAGAAUGUCAAAACUGCAGCCCUGCAGACCAAAAGUGUGAAGCCCCACAGUUAGCUAAUGUGCCCCUAAGUUUAAAUAAAUUCACUAAAGUCCACAUAAUAUUUACGUCCUCCUGUCAACACUUUCCCCAGCUAACCGUUUUAGCCACCUUUACCGCUCUGACCAUUUUUCUAAAUUGUAGUUAACGGAUUAACUGUAAUCAUCACAGAAUACAGCUGACUUCAUAUGAAAUUUUUAAAACUUGCCUAAUAAUCUCUGAAAUUAUACACAAGAAAAGUCUGACAAAGCUGAGGUUUUGUCUACCGUGAGACUCAGCCAUCAGGGCUGCAGAUAGAUGUCAUUUAUCCAACCGUCCUGUUUUCCACCUGGAUUGUACCGAGCUGGUUCUCUGCAUGAUGUUUUGCCCCUCCACCGAGAUACAAAUCAGUGUCUGCCGAGUGAAGAAUCCAGUCAAACGUUGUGUUCGCUUGUUUGCUUACGGGACGCAGUAAAAAUGCUGGGCGUAUAAAUAACAUUUUGCAAAUAUAUUUCGAACAGGUUUACACAUCCUGACUCCGGGUGUUAAGUUUGCUGAUUCUCGCGCUCCAGGUGUGACCAGGUUUAAUAGGCGUGUGCUAGUGGGAAGAUGUUUAGGACCAGAGAUUGACACUUGAUAUUCAUUCAUAUAUGGAGGGAGCGAACUGCAAUCUGCCAGCCAAGCAAAACAGAGUGGAGGGAGAACGCAAUUCAUGUUACAGCAAUUUAAUGUGAGGAAUUCUCACUUGUCGAUAUGUUCAGCUACCACAAAUAAUGUGUAUUUUCUUUCAAGGACAUGAAUCUUUUUUGUUUUUGUUUAUUACUGUUAUUAAACAAAUGGUAACUGAUGCUUAAGAUGUUUUUACAGCUGCGAUGAAGCUGGAGUUAUUUGUUAACAAGCUGAUUUAUGGUGGAACCCAAAGAGGGUUUUCUGCUGAAAGCUAGUCACCUUUAAGGAAUAUUUCAGCACGUUUUUACCUAAUCGCUGGUUAGCGUAUGUGGUACGUAUGUGCAGUGAACAUAAACAAAGGUUCUGACACAUUUUCUUGUACAGACAACAGAACAUAAUGUUGUUGAGACACUUAUAGAACGCCCUAACGAGUGCCCUUAGAUAUCCAGGGUAAGAAACACACUCACUUUUUCAGUAUGUGAACAUCUGUCUCGAUUUGUUUAUGGUCACUGCACAUGUGUUACCCAUGCAGUAGAUGGAGGUUAGGUUAAAAAAAAAAAGUUUUGCAUUAAUUAAAAAUUUCUCUUUAUUUCUAACUUGUUUGAGAAGACAAAAUUUUCUUCAACAAUAUGCUCUAAUUUUCUAAAUUCUAAAUACAUUGUCUCAAUUAAUGAGCAAGUAAAAAAGCAGUGUUGCCCAAAACUAGUUCCAUGUGGAUGCAAAUUUGUUCUUUGCUAGAAUUUCUUUAAAAAAAUAAAAUAGACAGUGUUUUCUAUCUUUGGGCAGAAAUCUCAGCUCCUGGUGAAUCUCAGCUCCUGAUGCCUGAAAGCCUUCAAAUACACGUUUUCAUUAUUCCACCACCACAUUUUCUUGCCAAAUCGAGUGUGAUGACGAAGAUUGAACACCUAAUGAUCCUGAGGCCCAAGAUAACCAUGUUUUUAAAAGUUUGCUUGUUAACCAAUACUUACAGAUUCAUAUGUUUUGUGUUUUUGUUUUUCUUCUCUUUCUUUAUUAGAUUGAAAGCUAGGGGUGUGUUGACAGAAUAUGAGUUUAUACAUUAAUGCUUACAUGAAACCUGAGCAUCAAUGAACUGUGAAUCUAAAACAAACAAAA